AUGGCCGGCCCUCCACCUCCACCCCUCCCUCCCCGGCCCACAGGCUACAUUUGGCAUCCCCCCGUGGGUACAACCUGGAAUUAUGUCCUGAGCGAUCCUGUGCGCCUCGAUCAUACCAUCGAGCAAUUCGAUGUGUGGAUUAUCGACCUGUUCGACACCCCCGUCUCCACCAUAAAUGAGCUCCAUCGGCGAGGCCGCAAGGUAAUCGCCUACUUCUCCGCCGGCACCUAUGAAGACUGGCGCCCCGACGCGCACCUCUUCCCGCGCGAGGCCCUAGGCCGGCCUCUCUCGGGCGGCUGGGAAGGCGAGCGCUGGAUCGAGACCAACUCAGCCCCCAUCCGCGCCAACAUCAUGAUCCCGCGCCUCGAGCUGGCCGCGAGCAAAGGGUUCGACGGCGUCGACCCGGACAACAUCGACGGGUGGGACAACAGGAACGGGCUGGGCCUGACGCCCGAGGGGGCCGUCUCGUAUGUGAGCUGGCUGGCCCGCGAGGCGCACAGGAGGGGGCUGGCGUGUGGCCUCAAGAACGGCGCCACGAUUGUCCCGCGCCUGGUGGAGGUGGUACAGUAUGCCGUCGUCGAGCAGGCCCUGCAAUAUGGGGAGGCGCGCAGCUAUGUGCCCAUCAUCGAGGCUGGGAAGCCUGUUUUUCAUGUCGAGUACCCCAAGGGGGAUGAUCCGGACAGCAAGAAGCAGAACGACGGGAAGGAUGUGCGAGGGGCAAAGAGGGAUAAGUGUUUUGCGGGGCGAGAGUUGGGCUUCUCAACGAUUAUCAAGAACGUCAAGCUAGAUCAGUGGGUGCAGACUUCUUGA